GUGUUGCCAGCUAGGCCGAGAAUAUUUGGGGCAAUUGGGUCUUGCUACCCGGAUGGUGCUCUCUCUUCGUGGUCAUCAUGUCUUUGACCUCUGCUUACCAGCAUAAAUUAGCAGAGAAGCUCACGAUCCUGAAUGACCGAGGCCAAGGAGUUCUCAUCCGCAUGUACAACAUUAAGAAGACCUGUUCAGAUCCAAAAUCCAAGCCACCCUUCUUACUGGAGAAGUCCAUGGAAUCAUGUCUUAAGUACAUCAACAAGAAGUUUCCCAACAUAGAUGUCCGAAACAGCACACAACAUUUAGGACCAGUACAUCGUGAAAAAGCUGAGAUAAUUAGAUUUCUCACUAACUACUACCAGUCAUUUGUGGAUGUCAUGGAAUUUCGGGAUCAUGUAUAUGAACUUCUCAACACCAUUGAUGCCUGCCAGUGUCAUUUUGAUAUCAAUAUCAACUUUGACUUCACUCGGAGCUACCUGGACUUGAUUGUGACUUACACCUCAGUCAUUUUACUCCUGUCUCGGAUUGAGGAUCGCAGGAUACUCAUUGGCAUGUACAACUGUGCCCAUGAGAUGCUUCAUGGGCACAGUGACCCCAGUUUUGCUCGCCUGGGCCAGAUGGUAUUAGAGUAUGACCAUCCUCUGAAGAAGCUGACAGAAGAAUUUGGACCUCACACAAAGGCUGUGAGUGGAGCCCUGCUCUCUCUGCACUUCCUCUUUGUUCGGAGGAACCAGGGAGCUGAGCAGUGGCGCAGUGCCCAGCUUCUAAGCCUCAUCAGCAGCCCUCCAGCCAUGAUUAACCCUGCUAAUUCAGACACAAUGGCCUGCGAGUAUCUGUCUGUGGAAGUGAUGGAGCGAUGGAUCAUAAUUGGUUUUCUUCUUUGCCAUGGGUGCCUAAACUCUAACAGCCAGUGCCAGAAGCUGUGGAAGCUGUGCCUGGAGGGUUCCCUGUACAUCACCCUCAUCCGGGAAGAUGUGCUGCAGGUACACAAGGUCACCGAGGACCUGUUCAGCAGUUUGAAAGGGUACAGUAAGCGAGUGACAGACAUCAAGGAGAGCAAGGAACAUGCCAUUACAAACAGUGGUCAGUUCCACUGUCAACGCCGGCAGUUUCUGCGGACAGCUGUGAAGGAGUUGGAGACUGUGUUAAAUGAUGAGCCAGGCCUGCUGGGUCCUAAGGCCCUUUUUGCUUUCAUGGCCCUGUCUUUGAUUCGUGAUGAGGUCACUUGGCUGGUUCGACAUACAGAAAAUGUCACUAAGACUAAGACACCAGAAGACUAUGCUGACUCGAGCAUUGCAGAGCUUCUGUUCCUGUUGGAGGAGAUCAGGUCUCUCAUCAGAAGACACAUCAAAGUGAUUCAGCAGUACCACCUCCAGUACCUGGCCAGAUUUGAUGUCCUUGUGCUUAGUGACAUCAUUCAGAACUUGUCUGUGUGUCCAGAGGAGGAGUCCGUCAUUAUGUCCUCAUUUGUUAGUACACUGUCCUCUCUGAAUCUCAAACAAGUUGAUAAUGAAGAGAAAUUUGACUUUUCUGGAUUAAGGCUGGAUUGGUUUCGUCUACAGGCAUAUACCAGUGUGGCGAAGGCACCUUUGCACCUGCAUGAGAACCCUGACCUAGCCAAGGUCAUGAACCUCAUCAUCUUUCACUCCCAGAUGUUGGACUCAGUAGAGAAAAUGCUGGUGGAAACCUCUGACCUUUCUACUUUCUGCUUUCAUCUCCGUACCUUUGAGAAGAUGUUUGCUACAACCCUGGAGGAGCCAACCAUGCUUCGCUACACCAUUGCCUUCCCCCUGAUCUGUGCUCAUUUUGUCCACUGCAUUCAUGAAAUGUGUCCAGAGGAGUACCCUCACCUGAAGAAUCAUGGUCUUCACCACUGCAACUCCUUCCUGGAAGAGCUGGCCAAGCAGACCAGCAACUGUGUGCUUGAGAUAUGUGCUGAACAGCGGAACCUGAAUGAACAGCUUCUACCUAAACACUGUGCCACCACCAUCAGCAAAGCCAAGAACAAGAAGUCCAUGAAACAGAGGCAGGCUCCCAGGAAAGGGGAGCCCGAGAGGGACAAGCCAGGAGCAGAGAGUCAUCGGAAGAACCGCAGCCUUGUCACUAAUAUGGACAAACUACAUCUAAACUUGACUGAAUUGGCACUGGCAAUGAAUCAUGUGCACAGUUUCUCUGUGUUUGAACACACCAUCUUCCCAUCCGAGUAUCUCAGCAGCUACCUGGAGGCCAGGCUCAACAGAGCCAUUGUGACUUUGGCUGGCUACAAUGCCACAACCCAGGAGAUCCUUAGGCCUUCUGAGCUGUUGGCAGGAGUCAAAGCGUACAUCAGUUUCAUUCAGUCACUGGCACAGUUUUUGGGCGCAGAUGCUUCCAGAAUCGUUCGCAAUGCCCUCCUGCAGCAAACACAGCCGCUGGACUCAUCUGGCGAGCAGACUGUCACCACUCUCUACACAAACUGGUACCUAGAAAGUUUACUCAGACAGGCGAGCAGUGGAGCCAUCAUCCUCUCCCCGGCCAUGCAGGCCUUCAUCAGCCUUCCCCGAGACGGGGAGCAGAACUUCAGUGCUGAGGAGUUCUCGGACAUCUCUGAGAUGCGAGCCUUGGCUGAAAUUCUUGGCCCCUAUGGCAUGAAGUUCCUGAGUGAAAACCUGAUGUGGCAUGUGACAUCUCAGAUUGUGGAACUGAAGAAGUUGGUGGUGGAAAACAUGGAUAUACUGGUUCAGAUCAGAUCCAACUUCAGCAAGCCAGAGUUGAUGGCAUCUCUGCUGCCCCAGCUGACAGGGGCUGAAAAUGUACUGAAACGAAUGACCAUCAUUGGGGUGAUUCUCAGUUUUAGGGCCAUGGCCCAAGAGGGACUUCAGGAGGUUUUUUCUACCCACUGCCCCUUUCUCAUGGGCCCCAUUGAGUGCCUAAAGGAGUUUGUCACCCCUGACACAGACAUUAAGGUCACCCUGAGUGUCUUUGAGCUGGCAUGUGCUGCAGGGGUGAGCUGUGACAUUGACCCAGCCUUGGUAGCUGCCAUUGCCAAUCUGAAAACUGAUAACUCAUCCCCUGAAGAAGAGUAUAAGGUGGCAUGCCUACUCUUGAUCUUUCUUGCUGUUUCCCUCCCACUCCUUGCCACUGACCCUUCUUCCUUCUUCAGUAUUGAGAAAGAUGGCUACAACAACAACAUCCACUGUUUGACCAAAGCCAUCAUCCAGGUGUCUGCUGCCCUCUUCACUCUGUACAACAAGAACAUUGAAACGCACCUCAAGGAGUUUCUGGUGGUGGCCUCUGUCAGCCUCUUGCAGCUCGGCCAGGAGACUGACAAGCUCAAAACCAGAAAUCGUGAAUCCAUUUCUCUGCUCAUGCGCUUGGUGGUGGAGGAGUCACCCUUCUUGACCCUGGACAUGCUGGAGUCCUGUUUCCCUUACGUUCUACUACGCAACGCAUAUCGGGAGGUUUCCCGGGCCUUCUACCUGAACCGUCUGCCAUCCAAUUCCCACUGAAGGGAUGUGGGAGGUGCCACAUCCCUUUUGGAGGUGCCAAGAGCCAUGCUGCAGUGAAAGUUGAAGCCAUUUCUUCAAAAGGGGAGAAGAGUGGGAGGGACCCCAGGGAGAGACAGGUCAGGCUCCACAGCUGAAAGGGAUAAGGAAGAUUAUCUGGGGCUGAGGAAUCAUGGAGAGGUGGGACAGGCUGGGACUACCGAGGACAAUUUAUAGAUAAAGGAGUGUGGAACCACACGUAUGAAUUUUUAACCAUGAGAAACAAAACAGUGACCUAUAAGCAUAUUGUGUAUCUUCUAGUGACUUCAGCUUAAGUUCUGACAGACUUUGGUCUCUCGAACCUUCAUCACUAUUCUAGGAUAAUGUUGGCGGGCAGAGAUGAUCAAUCAUCAUAUUAAACCAUAAUGAGCUUAUGAUCCUCCCUCUGGAGCUGCUAUUGUCUCCUGCACAUUCAUUAGGACGAUUAUCUCCUCUCUUCCUUUUCCAAAUGUGUUCAGCAAAUGUCCAGCCUGCUCCUUCUGCAGCAGAGCAGCACAGGCAUCCACUUCUCUUCGAAGGGCUCUUAGUCCAUCUCUCCUUGACUCCAUUCUCUACUGGGGCAAGGGGAAAGUGUCCUCCAGAGGUAUCAUGGUCAGCUUUCUCUCCUACCUACUUUGGGUAAAAAGUGUAUCUCUUUUUUUCUCACUGUGCCUGUUUUUCCUUCUGUGUCUCCAUAGCCCAGAAUAGAGAGGGGCGAUCCAGAUCACCUGAUAGCCAAGUGAAACAGACUUAUGUGGGGUUUCCCUCCUACACCAUUGGGUGGGGGGAGUCUACCUCCUAAUGGGUCGGACUAACUUAACCCCUAAUCACCUUGUCAGCCUGAGUACAGCUGUUGCUCCAGGCAGGGACUUCUCUUGUAGAUCUUAAAUUUCACAUACCUCAUUAGGUCGGAGGGCCUAAGAGUAGGGAUCCUUGAGGGAGUACAAGCUGUUUCAACUUAGCCCUUUUCUGCACUAAUUAGAAUUUCAAGUGUCACAGAGCCUGGGGCAUUUAAGAUAGCACUAACUGGGUUUAGUAACUCCAUGGCAGAAAGCAGUUAACCCCAUCCUUCAUUCACACAGUCAUUUCCAGGGAGGGCUGGAAUAACAGAUCAUAUGUGUCACAGGUCCAGAAUAGUUGGAAUGGGAAAAUAUAAUUAGCCCGUUGAUUAAUUAGGGUCGUGCCCAUGCUUCCAUUAUGAGGAGGAAGCAAUUGUUGUUGGCUUUCAGCACAACCAUCUAGCUUUCAUUAAAACAAUCUGAUAGCUGUUU